GGUAUAAGAUUUAAGGAAUGUGUAAGGUCAGCCCUGAUUAAAUCCAGUGCCAAUAUUCAGAACUUGGGAAUGUGAGCUUGAUGGGAAGGGUUUUUAUUUAACAUUAAUUCCUGGGCAUCUGCUUAAACCUGGUUAUGUCAUUUGCUCCAGGUCAUAGAUAUACUAGGAUAUCAAAUUCUGGAAACUGGUUUCUGAACUUCUUGUCCAACACAUUUCCCGCUGGACCAAACUAAUUUGCCUCCUCUGUGUUUGAGGUUCUUGCAGAAAUAUUAGUUAAGCUGAAAAUCAUUUUUGACUGUUUACUGAGACCAAUGGGGGAAGAGUGAUGGUGCUGGUGCUGUUAGUGAGACCAUAGAUCUUGAGCUCCCAAUCUCCACAUCAACUGACUUUAACCUGCUUCCUUUCUUUCUAGUAGCCCUUCAUGCUUCUAAGUGAGAUGAUCACCAUAAUUCUUUCCAAUAAUUCUCAUCACUUCCCACAUACUUUCUUCUUGGCUGGCAUCCCAGGACUGACUGCUGCCCACAUUUGGAUCUCACUUCCCUUUUGCUUUAUGUUCUUCCUGGCAGUGACUGGGAAUGGUGUCCUGCUUUUUCUCAUCUGGACAGAGCACAGCCUUCACCAGCCCAUGUUUUUCUUUCUUGCCAUGCUCUCCUUUGUUGACCUGGUUCUCUCCCUCUCUACUCUGCCCAAGAUGCUGGCCAUCUUCUGGUUUGGUGCUACAGCUAUCAGCUCCCACUCCUGUCUUUCCCAGAUGUUCUUCAUCCAUGCAUUCUCUGCUAUGGAGUCAGGAGUGCUGGUGGCCAUGGCUGUGGACCGCUUCGUGGCCAUCUGUAACCCACUACAUUAUGCAACCAUUCUUACCCCCGUUGUUGUUGCCAAGAUUGGAGGCCUGGUAGUGCUGCGAGGUGUGGGAUUGACCAUCUCCUUUCCAAGCUUGGCCCGUCGGCUGUCCUACUGUGGCUCUCACACGAUUGCCUAUACCUACUGUGAGCAUAUGGCAGUAGUGAAGCUGGCCUGUGGGGCCACCACUGUGGAUAACCUCUAUGCCUUUGCUGUGGCAAUCUUUCUUGGUGUGGGGGAUGUGGCCUUUAUCGCCUACUCUUAUGGGCAGAUUGUGAGGACCAUGAUUCAUUUUCCUUCACCUGAGGCAUGUGCUAAAGCUGGCAGCACAUGUACGGCUCAUGUCUGUGUCAUCCUCUUCUUCUAUGGACCAGGCUUUCUUUCUGUAGUCAUGCAGCGCUUUGGCCCACCCAUAGCCUCUGCUGCUAAGGUCAUGCUUGCCAAUCUCUACUUGCUCUUUCCCCCUGCACUGGACCCCAUUGUCUAUGGGGUCAAGACCAAGCAGAUCCGGGAGCAGCUGCUUAAAAUGCUAAGGCCCAAGCAGAUUGACCCCACCUGAGUGCAGUUCUCAUGAACUGGACAUCAGAGGCAACGGUGGUCUUUCCCUUUGGAGUGGGAGCCCCACAGCCUAGUUCAUUUACUUGGUGGGGACAUUCAAGAGAAAAAUGAAAUUUUCUUGAGUGUUUGAAAGUUGGGAAAUCUCUUCUGAGGUCUAUAUAGUGUUUAGAUAUUGGGAUGGAAGACAGGGGUAUCUCAAGAAAGUAAUUUUUUGGAUAUGUCUUUAUUCUAAGAGUUUGUGAUUUACUUGUGUUGAGAAGAUAAAUGAAUCAAGGAAUUAAGAAAUAAUUAAGGUAUCUAUGGACCUGGAACAAGUAACUUAGGAGAUUAGGGAGAGAUGAACUGGAAGCCUAUUUGUACAUAUGAGAACAUGGGCCACUUCCCACCAUGACACUGACACAGGCAGUCUGUGGGAGUGGAUAGGCCUUGGGUAAAAUUUUGGCAUCACGGAAAUAAAGGUGACAAACUAUGGAGAUUCUUUAGAGUUUCAGGUUCAUGAGAGAAACUUUUU